AUGCUUCGGAACGUGGUGCUAGCUGCCUUGCUGGUACAGCAAGGUUGGGCCGGUUCAUUCCAGGUCAAGGUGGCGAAAGAGACCAAGGACAAGAAUGCGACGGAUGGUAAGCCAUGUGUAGUGAUUACACUGUCAUUAUGUCAUACGGGCUUUUGGGCCAUGUUUGUUUUUUGAGUCCGUCGGGAAUAAGGUGACGGCAACGUCGCUGAAGUUAGAAGCAGUGCUUUUGUCGCGACAAAAUGAAUUUUCUCGAUGGCGAUGUAAUUCUUGAUGCGAUAUUCCGCUCACGGUUUUCAUGAUAGACUAAUAGUUGCCGAUUGUAAGCGUGGCUGCAAACCGGGCCAUGGCAAAGUUUGCUAUACGAAUCAAAAUUUCAUCUGAGCUAGCGCCGAAUUAAUCCGCCUUCGGUCGCUGCCAACCUACAAAAACACAGGGCCGGCCCGGAAUCAAGCUUAAAAAUCCCUACAAGACCUGGCCGCGUUUCUCUUGGCGCCUUAGAAAUUGUAUACCUUUCCAGGUAUCCUCCAAGACAUCUAUGGCCAAUUGAUGCAGAACGAAAACAAUGUCCUAUAUCUGGGCUACAUUUCGCUGGGCACUCCUCCACAACGAUUCAAGACCAUUUUUGACACUGGCUCCACUGCUUUGUGGGUGCCCAAGCAAGGGUGUUCGUCGAGGGGACCGGUGGUGGAACAUUGCGCCGCCCAGAAAGAAUUGUACGAUCCAGACGAGUCAGAGACCGCUGAUCCGACCGGACACACCUUCCAGAUCCGCUAUGGAACAGGCAGUGUUAGAGGUCAUCUGUAUGACGACACUUUCGCGGUAUGUUAAUUUAUGGUGAAGAGGGUAACAGGGGAAGGGCUCAAACGUUCUUGCGAAUUUUGUCCUGAAAAGUGUAACACCUAUUUCAUCAUAGAGAGUAAUGUUUUCACAAAAAAAUCAAUAUUUUUCCCACGCGAAAUUGGUAAAAAAAAGUGUUUUUCUCGUUGACCAUCCUUGUCUUGCAUGCCCUUUUGGAGACAAAGAUAGUCGGCUGCCUCUGCCAACCGCGGACUAGAACUUCAGGAAUUGGUAUGUGGCCACUGUCCAAUAUAUGUGCGAUUUAAAGGCAAAUCUGGGCGUCACAAUUAGAACAUCUUCUAAACAAAAACGUGGGAGUAGAACUGUUUGGUUUUUUUAAUUUCCCGUAUAUCCAACCACCAAUAGUCUAAAAAUAACUUUUGUUUGUUAGUCGACUCAUAGACCACAAAAACAGUGUUCAAAAAUUAUGAGGUAUAUAGUCUCUCGAAAAUUUUAUAACGUAUAUACUGGCCUCACUUUCAGUUCGGUGACCCAAACGGCGAUCAGCUCAAACUGAAGCGCAAAGUCCGUUUCGGCGCUGGCGAACAAAUGACCUUCGGCGACACCUCGAUUCUGGGCCUCCCCUCCUACGACAACCAAGAGGAGACCUCCAUCUUCCACGAAGCCGUACGAGAGGGCCUCAUGGACAACCCCAUCUUCACAACGUACUUGACAAAGUGCGCGCGAGAGAAGUGCGAGAACGGCGGCAUUAUCACGUUCGGAGACGAGGACCGAGAGCAUUGCGGAGAGGUGGCGGACCGAGUUAACAUCGUCAAAGGCACCACUCAUUGGGAAGUCCCAUUGCAGGGAAUGCUGGUGAACGGAGAGUUCGUUGAAGUAAAAUUGAAUGGUGUGAGUGACACUGGAACAUCACAUUUGAUCGUCCCAACCAACGUUAUGAACACAAUAAAGCAAAAGUUGCGACCUACACAAGCCGUAAGUUGAGGCGGAAUUAUGAAGCAGUUUCACAACUGUGGUAUCUUUUUUGAGCCGCAAAAAAACUUUCGAAACUUUCAAUUUUUCCAGGAAGGUGGCUACUUGAUGAGCUGCAACAGCAAAUUCACAAUUUCCGUCAUCAUCAACAAUCUGGAGUACCCCAUUGACAGCAAGAAUCUUUUGAUCCCUCAUGACGGAAAUCAAUGUCAAUUGGCGGUCGCCGGAGGUGAUUUUCCCUUUGUUUUGUUGGGCGAUCCAUUCAUCCGCGCCUAUUGCCAGAUCCACGACGUGGAGAAGAAGCAAUUGGGCUUCGCGCCGACCAACGGCAGCCCCAAACCCAAGCCUUAUAAGGGCGGAAGGAAUAACGGAAAGAAAGGAGGGAAGGGAGGCAACAACGGGGGAAAAGAUAAUGGCGGAGAAGACGGCGGAGACAACGGUAAGAGUUUUUUAUAACCGGAAUAUUGUACAUUUCAAAUUUGAAUAUAAAUCAAAUCAUAUCAUUUCUUUACAGGCCGACCUUUCUUCAAUCCCUUCAAAGGAACACCAUUCGAGAAGGCGUACGAAAAGGCCAUGAAAGACUUGCAAAAGCACAUACCGGAUUUUAACCGCUUCUAA